GGAUGGUGGUCGUAGCCAUGCCCAGCAGCCAAUGAGAAGAGGGAUCGAGUAGCUGUCAGAUGGGCCACGCCUCGGCCAAUCGGCGCUUAGUUGCGCAUGACAGAGUGUCUCAGUCUCGGAACACGCCGGAGCGGCAGUCCCUUCUGGUGCGUGCGUAGGAGAACGUCUCUCUUUCGCCCGGUCACGAGAGAGAGGGAGUGUGUAAAUCUGACGUUUCGUUAUCAUUCUUCGAACAAUCUCCGUCGCCACAAAUCCUUGGUACCCUUUGCGGUGUCGCGCGUGUUUUUGGUACUGAUUAUACGAUUGACGCGUCGCGUGUUGUCGAGUAAGGAGUGUUAGGUGUUAGGAGUGUAAUAUAAACAACACACAGUGCGUUUCACGAAUCGUUCCAAUCAAGUGCUACAUCAUCCAUUGUGUCGCGUGUUUCUCGAUAAUAGAAUCAAGAGCUAGAAUCGAUACGCAAAAGGGUUUUUUCCUAGUCGAAGUUUUAAAUAAAAAAGAAAAGAAGAAUCGAAAACGAGACACAUAGAGGAGGACAGAGAAAACGGACUAUUUAACACGGUCCUAAUAAUAGCCAGUGCGCGUUCGUACGCGAGUAUACUAAGCGCCUAUAAAUACACAGCUACCACGGGCCGCGGAAACACGAGCCCGUGGAUUUCACGGUGCAACCUGCCACACGAGGAGAUAGAAAAGACGCGAGUCCGAAGGGAAAAGAGGGAGAAUAAUCUUGAAGGAGGGCGCACCUGGCGCUCUAAAGAGAAACUUGCCAUAAUCGGAUCUAGUCGGGGCCAGUAACGCAAGAUAAUCGUGCGUGGUACAUGUAAGACGGAGGGAAACUAUAGAGAUAGAGACGACUAUAAAGAAAUACACGUUGGAAUACGCUGUAUAUGUAACAUAUACGCGAAAGAUAGAGAAAGAGAGAGAUAAGUGAAGCAAUCGGUCCACCUUAGACUCUCCGCUGUUUCCAGUACACCCAGCCUCUCAAAGCAGAUUAGAGAAUAACUAGAGUGAGAUUUUAUUAUUCCACCUUGGUAUAUCCAUCGAGUAUAUCCUUUCUUUUACUCUUGUAACACGAGAAACAUCCCAUGUUGGAAUUCGUCGGCAGCUUCUCGUGCUUGCAGUAACUCUCUACCAAGCGGUAGCCUAAAAAUAUCUCCUUCCUGCAUAUUCUGACGCGUUUAUACAGUCACAAGUGUGGCGCGUUCUUCUUUUAUAUUAUCAUAUGUACUCUCCACUCGAUCAAAACUGAAAAGUAUACUCGACCACUUUAAGUAGACGGACGGGUCAUAUAUCGAUAGAGGUAUAUCGAAAGAGAAACUUUUUAUAACAAUUGUUUUCGACUAAUCGAUACAAUCAAAACAACGUGUUCAUUCGUCCAACCUAAUAUAUUAUCCUAUAGUCUGCUUUUUCUUCGUUAAAAGGCACGCUUUAAAUACAUACACGCAUUGGCUGCAUGUCGGUUCUAGAUUAGAAUUGUCAAAUCGAAGAAACAAUUUCUAUAGCGUUACGUAUAAUAGAAACUAAAAUACACGAUUAAAAGAUCGAAGCUUGAUUGAAGUUUAAUCGCAACACGGCGAAGAUAAACUGGAAGAAAAUGUCUCGAAGAAAAUUGGAUCUGAGGAAGGAGCAUCGUGGAUGACCAUCGAAAGGUAUGAAGAUCGUGAACGAGUUAAUCACCGCCGGUGGCUGGUACGUAGCUGAAUAUCUGCCGUCGGAACGAUUCUCGAAAGAAUCAAAUCUGGUCCGUCGGCUGAGCGAUCGAUGCGUUCCGCAAUCAUUAUUGGUGAUUAAUCGAUCGACUAAUUGUUCGAUUAAUAUCACUUGGUAGAAGGAAUAGAAGAAGAAAUCGAAUAAAAUAGUGAGUGAAACGAAGUGUACCGAAGAAAAGUGGUCCACGGUGGAGGGUGGAGGGAACGGAGUGCAAGGGGUCGCCGUGGGCCCCGGAGAUGAUGCGAUGAUGGCCUACGGAGGAACCACCGGAAACGGAGGUGCGAUGGGACCUUCUUCUGGUGGUGCUGAUGUUUUGGGCUCGACCGGUGAUUACAGCCCUCAGGGGACACCGACGCCGCUUACGGGACACGCUGCUGGACCCGUCGAGGCGACCACUUAUGGUCCUACCACAGGACCAACCAGUUACAGCCCCCAAGAUAGUCCUGCGAGUUCCGCCGGCGGCGGUAGCGGAAGCAAUGGCCAACUUCCCAGCUUUGGAUUUACCCAGGAACAAGUCGCCUGUGUUUGUGAGGCGAUGGUGUCGUCUGUCCAGGUUCUCCAACAAGCAGGCUCCGUGGAGAGGCUCGGCAGGUUUCUAUGGUCCCUGCCGGCGUGCACUAGGUUGCAUCGCCAUGAGAGCGUGCUGAAAGCCAAGGCAAUUGUCGCUUUCCAUCGGGGCCACUUCAAGGAGUUGUACAGGAUCCUUGAGAGUCAUACGUUCAGUCCGCACAAUCAUCAAAAACUGCAAGCUCUCUGGCUCAAGGCUCAUUACAUAGAGGCCGAGAGACUGAGAGGAAGGCCUCUUGGUGCAGUCGGAAAAUAUCGCGUUCGGCGCAAGUUUCCACUGCCACGUACAAUUUGGGACGGCGAGGAGACGUCCUACUGCUUCAAGGAGAAAUCCAGGAGCGUCCUGAGGGAUUGGUACGCCACCAAUCCCUAUCCCUCACCUCGCGAGAAACGAGAAUUGGCAGAGAGCACGGGCCUCACCACUACGCAAGUCAGCAACUGGUUCAAGAACCGAAGACAAAGGGAUCGUGCAGCUGAACACAGCGGCCAACGAGAGGACAAAACUCACGGCGGAGGUUUAGGUGAUUCGAGCAGCGAAAGUGGCGAUGAAACGAAGAGGCAAGCGGUCAAUCAGCAACCGCCGCAACAGCCGUCAUCCUGCGCUGUAGCUGCGCAGCAGCAGCAACCGAUGAUGGAACAUCAACAGGCGUCGAGCAUGUAUCAGCUUCCUCCUCCUGUCUCGGUUUCCAGUCCUCAUUCGUACCACCAAGGCCAUGGCUCGUCCUUGAGCCAUCCUCACACGCCGACGCACCAUAUACAACACCACGAUACCGGAAGCGAGAGCGGAGACGACAAACGGAACCUUCAUCAUCAGCUGCAACAUCAUCUCCAGGUCGGUGCUCACGGUACUCACGGCUUGGUACAUCCCACGGCGACCUUGCCACCGCCGCCACCCAGCUGCGCCCAGCAGAAGAGCCAGUUGGACUAUAUGCAGUACUAUAGUCCACAGGAUUACCUAAUCACACCGACCUCGGCGGAUCUGCAGAAGUCGCUUCCUCAUACAGCCACGUCGAUGCAGAUGGGUGCUAUAGCUCCUUCCAUGGGUGGUCUGAGCCCGAUGGGUCCGUCGACGAUGCUGCCGAACACGAUGCAAAGCGUGAACACGAUGAACACUAUGUCGAUGAACGGCAUGGGGAUGGGAGCGUAUCAGGGCAUGGGUUCCAUGGGGAUGUCUACGUCACAUGGUAGUUAUCACAGCGGCCUGGUAUUAGGCGAUUAUCACUCAUUGUGACCCUGGGCCCCGAGCACCCAGGGCAAGAGAAACCAAGAGAAAACUUAAAGAAACAGAAGAUACGAGACCUAUAAGAGAGAAAAAAAAAAAGAAAAAAAAGAAAACUGAGAAAGAAGCUAGUUUUUGCGAUUCGUAAACGAAUCUAGCCACGAAAUUGUAUCUGUGAGAUAGUGGCAGACGAAAGAUGACCGUAUUAUUUUCGAGACAGCUGUGGGCCGAUUCGUCCAGUUUGUGCUCGAUGAAGAAUCCAGAGUAUACCACGUUAGGUAAUUAGGAAGAACAUUUUGUUUUUUGCGAUGUUAGAUCGAAGGCGUCGUCGCAAAGCGCGCGAGAAACGUGUCGAUUCGAAAUCGACCGGACGAACGAUCUGCGUAUAGUCGAGGAUCGUAAUGUACGUACUAGUUGUAUACAUUGCCAGGGAACAUCGGUUGCGAUUUUUUCGUGGCGUCGAAACGGAGAUAGGAUGUACGGUGAGAUCGUGUACCGCGGAAGCGGAUGCGCCCGAUCUCGCUUAAAGCUUCUCGUUCUAGGAACGAGUUGCAGCAGGUUUUAGGGACGUUUGCGGAACGUUGGAGUUCGGAUAAAUAUCGAAACAAAGAGAAAUAUGUCGUAUCUCUGACCGAAGCGACCACAUCAUGCCUCGACUUUUAAUCGCCGCGCAUAUACACACACACACACAUACACACACGCGCUCGAGAAACGAUCUUUCCGACAAACUAACCGGCAAAAAGAGAGAAAGAUUUUCACCUGUGGUAUUACGCGUAAUACAUGUUCUUCGCACACAGAUACAGGAUACAUGAACGACGCCCAUUUGGCCCUCCCAAUUCUUUUGGGAACGAACGAUAUAUAUAGUAUAUAUAUAUAUAACGCAUACGAUUAUUACGAAUAGUAGCCGUGAGAACACGAGGAAAAUCGAGGCAGCGGGGGAACGCUUGCGGCGUGAAAAUAGCAAAAGACAUGUUAGCAUUUUUCUUUUUCUUUCUUUAUCCCAUAUCGCCCUGCGACGCCAGACAAGGCCAACGUUUUUCUUGUUUUUACAACACAGCUUCCAGAAACAACGCAAACACAUGUGGUAUUUUAUUUUAGUUCUCUUUUCUCCCGCGAAUCCAACGAUUCUCAUUAUUCCCAUUAUUAUUCCCCGUUUUAAUCUUGUAGCGUACCGCCCGUACCUAGGUCCUGAGAAGUAAGAGCAACACACUCAUACGUUAUUUACGGUUACCAGUAGCUGGUUAGAACCGUGCAAGCCUCAACCUGCUGCCGGAAUCUUUCUGGACAUUGGCGAACGUCGUGUUGCAAGCCUCUCGGCAUUUCUCCAUGCCUUUCAUAUGUGCAGAAUUAUGAAAUAGCGGAAAAUAUUCAUUUUCUAUGAAAUGCUCUUCUGCUGCCCGGAAGAAGGGAAAGACACAGUGUUUGAUGUGUCUGUAACAGUAUUCGCCCGUGUUUCGUGGCCAUUCUUGUCGAGCAAUAUAAAGUAUCUAGUAAUCGUUUAAGUUGGAGGAAAUUAUCGGUAAAAUUGUUAACGAGAUACUUCGUUGCUUUGAAAGAAAUUUCGAUAAAUUUAUGGAGAUGUUACGCGGCAAAACUUAAACAGUCUUUGAAGCAUAAUUGUUGGACGAGAGGAUAACAUUUAAUAUCUGCAACGGGAUAAUAUUUGAAGAGAAAUUAUUUGGGAUAAUAUGUAAGUUAUAAUAUAGGCAAAAUAUUUCAAUAAUCUAGAAGGUAUAACUUUAUAUAAACAAAUGUUUGAUAUUCAGAGAAACAAUUUUACGUUAACAUUAACGAUAAUGUUUAGUACCAAUUAUUUUCUUCAUUAGGUAAUAAAGGAAGAACAAGCGAGAAUAAGUAAGCACGAUGAACGUCGAUGGUCCAGGAGCACUGCUUCCCCUUCCUUUAUGGGAGGAGAACGAUGUUAUUCGGAAGAUUCAACAGCACCGUGCAGGCAAGAUCCCUGAGAGUGAUCUCUGAGGCGUGUACGGAUCUUAGCCAUCCCCCGCUAAUUAAUUAACGUCACUAUAACGAACCACACACCACGCUCUUCACACACCGAUCCUCUCACACCGUACGCUUCUGUGUUUGUCCUGUGUACAUAUGUAGAUAAUAUACACUCACACAGUUUAUACACACCUUCAUACACACCCACUCAUACACGUGUACACUGCUGGCCAUUGUUAGAAUAUUCGAACGAACGGAAUCGUUAAGAAAAGCCAAUUUGAUAAAUGUCACUUUCGCGAAGCUUGUUAAUUUUCGCCGCGAAAAGAUGUACACGAUCGUUAUUUAAUUUUUCGUAUUUUAAUCUCGAUACUUACGGUCAGCAGAGUAGAUACACAUUUACACGAGCGUUCGAAAGAAGAUUAAGUUAAUCUCGUCUAUAACGGGCGAGUACCGGGUGUUUGCGAAUCAGGCUCGAGUCACGAUUCAAUUUCAUUCUCUGAUACGCGAUUAUUCGAAAAGCCUGUCUUUAUUUAUGGCUCGCAGCAUCCUCUUCUUUGUAUCAAUUCGCGAUCUUGCUGCUCGUUCGUGCACAACGCUGUUCAAGACUAAGUGUAUGUAGACGCGACCAUGUAUGUAGAUCGAGGAUACAGAGGAAGAACACGAUAAGUCAUAUUUACUGUUUCUCGCGGAAAAAUACCGAUAAUGCUAAACGCAAUAUCAUUAUCGAUACAGCUACGCGUAGUUAAGCGAUAUAAGAGAUACGAGUAAUUGAUGAAUCAUUUAACUUUGAGGCGCACAAAUUUUUACCCAUUUCCAAACGUAAAUAAACAAGCAAAUACGUGAAGACGCAAUAAAUAAGUAUAUUAUUUUGUGGAACAGAAGUACAGCAUAAACGCAAAACUGCGAUUAUUCCUAUAGUGGAGAGAAAUACGUGUAAACGUUUAAUUUACACGUAAUCCUCUAACGAAGUGCGAACUCGAUUAGAAUCUUAAUAUCGCUCGUUGAUAAUGAUCUUGCUAUACUAUAUCAGAAAAUGUUUAUUUCCUCACGUGCUCGUGACUGUAUUUAGAUUGUUAAUCAUGAAGUGACGUUAAAAUCAAUGAAACAAGAAAAGCGUACUUAUCGUGUUUUCCAUUUGACGUGAUCGUGCAAGAGAGGAGGAGAAAGAAGACACAGCGAGGAUGAAACGUUCGUUCGGUUUUACCGGUUUCGAAGAUACCUCUUCAUUAGGCCAGUGAAAAAUGAUGAAAUUUUAAUUGCUUCACGCGUGUCAGGCUGGUUAUAGGCGGCUAGGACCGUGCAUUAGAUAGAAACGGUAUGCAAAUUAGCGUGACCAAGGCAAAAGCGAGCGGUAGGCGGAGCAGCUGCUUCCUGCCAGCCAAUUGCCGAGUGCCAAUCUUUUCAUCGCAAAUAGAAUCAGCAACACCUUUACAGAACACCGCUCUUGUCUCUGUGUCUCGCUCUUUUGCCUCCGCUCUACUGUCACGUUAUGAAUUGCAUCGUUGACAGAAAUUAGUAGCAGUUUCUGGAUAGUUUGAUAUGCGUUUCAAUUAAAGUCGCCAGUUCCUCGAAAUAAGGGCAAACUUUGUUAUUCUCGUGUUGUUUGGAGUAAUUGAAACGUAGGAUACAUCCGGUGAUUGUUUUAAUUUAAUUACGCGUAUUCGAGGAUAAUUGUUGGAUCUGUAUUUAACUAAUCGCGUGAUAGAUCGUCUUGGAUAUUAAUUGCGGAUUAAUUGUGGUAUAGAUGACAACGUGUUUUUUUAUUCCAGAUGAACGUGGCUAAAAUCAAAUUUUACUGACACGUUAUCGUUUGUUUAGCAAUUUCGAGAAGUAAUCGGGAUCAAGAUAAAUCAGGACUUUCCUAUUUUGAAAUGGAAAUUAGAGAAACAGUUACGGUAGAAGCUUAAACCAGGAUUCAGCUCGUUCUUUAAAAUUUACUUCAAACAUGUUACAUUUUCUAAUUUAUCGUUUCUACAAUUUCUAGAGAUGACGAUGGAAUUUUUUAAAUACAUCUUGGAAAAUCGUGAUUGAAUUAUUUCUAAUUCUUGAACAAUUAUUGUACUCGAAGAACGCAGCCCGAGAAACCAAACGAGAGGACGAGCCUCGAACAUUCAUUUCUUCCUCGAAAACACCCGGUAUAAAAUAAAAAAACACUGUCUUAGAUAGCGUAAGUUAGAGCGUAACUUAUCAUUUAUUAUCCGCAGUUCGCAGUCUGUACAUAAAGAGAGAGAGAGAGAGAGAGAGAGAGAGAAGAGCGAAAAACCUACAAGUACGAGAGAGAGAGAGAGAGAACGAGAUUGAAUGGAGAGUGAUAGAAUGUGUGAAAGGUAUAAGAUAAUGAGCGAGGAAAAUUCUGAAAACACACGGUAUAUAGCUAGAACGAAGAAUAGGAAAGAAGAGAAAACGCGAGGUGUGUAUCAUAGAGGUGACAAAAUUUAAACACUAUAGAGGAGAAAGAAAAGGGAAAAGAGGUAAAAAGUAUGAGUUUUAUCGGUUUUCUAUUUAAAGGACAUCUCUCGUGCAGAUGUCCGGAAUGUAUAUCCCGUUGGUUGCGACAUUGCCUUGUAAGAUUCUUAUCUAGGAUGCUGAGCAGGGGAAAGGGUUUUUCCCUGUUAGAAAGAGUCCUCGGGACGAAACAGGGUAAGCAAAAGAAAGGGAACGAGGAACGACGGGGAAGAAGAAGAGGAAGCUAGACGAAGAAACGCUUUUGUAUCAUCUGUUGGCAAAUCUGUUUAGAAAAUUCAAACUCCUUGCUUCGAAUUUGUUCUAUUUACGUGUUUACAAAUUGAGGACAAGCUGAAAUUCUUUAUCAUUCUCUUUGUACCAUCGUCUUGGUCUUCCUUCAUCAGUUUAAAAUAUGUAGUCAUUAGUCACAGAGUGUAUAAUACAUUGUGUAAUUUUAUAUAAAAGAUGAGACACAGAAGGAGAUUUAAAUAUUUCAACGUAUCUUGAAAAAAAAAAAAGGAAACGAUAAAUAGGACGUUUUAAUCAUGUCAGGAGGGCAGCUUUUCUCUCGACUAUUAUGUUGUAUACUAUUGGUAAUACAGAACAUUCGCGUCACCCGAUAUACGAGAUACGAUAUGCGAGAACACCGCGACUGUUCGAGGAUCUAGUUCUACUUUGAGUCUGAUCAUUUUAUUUCAUUUUUUUUUUUUUUUGUUUUUAUUUAUUUUGUUCACCCUUUUUAAUUGGAUUUAUUGGAUACGUACUCUAGACAUGUUUAAUGAAAUUGGUGUACCGCUUUCUUUUUUUUAAUAGUUUUAUUUUCUAUCGACUUUUUACGAAUAUUGGAGUGAAGAUGGAAAUUAAACUUUUUUUUUUUACGCGUUUUAUAUCAAAUUAAUUUAACGCAGGGCUACCUUCAAUUUGGAAAUCGGUAACUGUGUUACGUCUAUGUCUUAACGAGUCUUUUUUACUGCUUUUGGCAUGUGUGCAUCGAUCAUGUUUCACCUUCCUUUUUAUAACAGACGUGAAAUUUAUUACAAUCAUGGAAGAUAACGUUAUAAUAAUAUAAUUGAAAUUUUCUACCUCUCUUUGCAGGCUAUAAAAUUAAGAUAUAUAUAAUCAUCAGGUAUACAUGUGAAAUCAAGCUGUGUUACCAGAAGUAUAAAAUCAGAUACGUAAAAUCAGCAUCACAGAAUCAUGAAAUAUAUACAGCCAAUAUACAGUAUCAAUGAAACGAAGAUCUACAGUCAUCAAGAAUAUAAUAUCAAGGUAUAAGGUCAAGAUAUAAAACCAAAAAUAUAAUAUUGAGAUAUAGAAUCUUCAGAUACAUGAAAUCAAGAUAACAUAUAGAAUCAUGAAACGUAGAGUUGAAAUAAAAGGAUCAUUUCUUUCGAUUUUUGCAUAGUUUGAUUUAGUUCUCGCACAAAAUGUUUCGAGGAAAACUAUAAGGACAGUGAAGAACAGUCUGUCGCUGUGUUAUAUCCACAGUUAUAUCGACAUCCGUUCUCUUUCAAGAUUUCUAUAGUCCAACAAGGAGCCAAACUGUCUUCGAUUCACGCACAAUCUACGCUUUGUACGGCACAGUAUACACGCUCGACGUCGUUCAGGGUGCACACCACUCGCGAUACAUUCCGAAAAUGCACACAAGCGCGGAUUCAGGCGAAAGAUUUCUUUUUUUUUUUUUUUAAUUUUCUAAGAAAACCAUUUCUGGGUAAACGUUUGUUCGAACUUUGCGAGCGAAUAAGCUUUCGGUUUUUAUUUGACGAUCAAUCGCUGGUUUCAUUAUAAAUGUAGAUCAAAUUUCCAAUCGACUUCCUUUCUUUUUUUUUUUGUUUUUCUUUUAUCUUCGUAACAAUCAAUGUUGUUUUAAAAAUCGUACGUUAUAUUUUUAACCCUGCUAUUAUAUCUGUUUGAAUGAUUUUAAACUUGAUUGUGUUUUUCUAUUGUUUCUUCAUUUUGGGGAUAUUAACGAAUCGUUAAGCUAAAACGAGUAAUUUUUCGUUUCAGUUUUGUAUUUUAUUCUUUUUUAACACCGUGUGGAACGUGAAGAGGGUCAAAGGAUCGGAAGCUCUUGAAUCUGUUUCUGUUCGUUGAAUCAAAUGGAAGACAAGAAAUUCAGUGAUAGUAGAGCAGGGUCUAUUUCUUCACCUUAUCUCUGUGGGAUCGAUUUUUUUUUUUUUUUUUUAUUUAAAGGAGAAGAUAUUUUUAUUUUUUAUUUCUCAUCCUUCUUCCUUUUAUCCUUGGUUUUAAUGGGAAAAUCAGAGUUUCGUCUUGGUUUUAUAUUCUUCAAUGUGUAACGGCUUUUAACGUGUACGUUACCGAAGAUUCGGAGCAUGUGAUCGUUCAUUUAUCAGGCUCGUUUCGACGUUCAGGCAGAGUUGGCUCUUUUAACUUUUAGUGAUGUUUUGUCGCUUUACCGGGCCAAGGCUGCCGAUAAAUCUUCCUAGUGUAUAAUUAGACAGGAAUCACUUGUCGCGCGGAUCAUCUUCUCCCAGAACGCUAGGACUUUGCAGCCAGCGACAAGCAAGUCAGCAAUAAAAGAAUCUUCAGGAAUCGUCGUUUUGUAUCUGAUAAGUCGCGAGCAAUUCUCGAAGAGGUUUAGAAGAAACAGUUUGUAAAUGAAACGCCACAAAUUGUAGCCGAUCGCGCGAUUGGCCUUGAAAAGUCCAACGCUAUUAACGCUAUUAAGAUCUGCAAAUAUCGUCAAUAUCAAUCGUAUUAAGAAUAUUCAAAAUUUUGGGGAAAUCUCUGCAAACGGAAGGGAUAUUGAUUCAAAUCUCUCGGCCUGUGAAAUUAGAUUCACCAAAUAUCGAGAGUGUUGAGAAUACUAAGGAUAUUCUUCAAGAAUUGUCAGAUGAAGAUAUCUCUAAAUGUUUCGUUUGCGAUAUGGCAAAUAUUUUGAAAAUGUGUAGAAAUCGAAGAAUAAAAUUACCAAGCGUAACAGCAGACACCAGGCAAACAAAACUCUCACGAAUCGAAACGAUAUUUAAAUCUCAAUGUUUCGCCCAAGGAAUUGGUCCAAUCUUUAGUUGGAUCGAUCGGUUUCGUCAGUCUUAGCACAAAUCUCUCUUGCAUCGGUAAUUCACAAAGGGAAACUGUACAGCGGGCAAAAGUGCUGAUAAAUACACGCAUAGGAGUGGUAUUGUACCGUUUUUCGUUCGCAGAAAAUGUUUUGCGCAAGGACGAUUAUUAAUAACCGACAGUUCUUCCCAGCAGUUCUCAUUCGUGUAUUUUAGCGGACAAGCUUAACGUUGCACAACUAACUAAGACAAAUCGCUGAGAGUGAGAGAAUGAGAGAAAGGAGAGGCUGAGAAAUAAGAGAAAUGAGAGAACGAAGAGGAGAGAAUGGCUUGUGUAUAUGUAGGUGUACGCGUGAAUGAAAACGGAUGUGGAAAGGGUAGCACGAAUAGACAAGUAAGAAGAGAUCACACGAUGUACGAUCGAACUGUAAUCGAAGUAAAAGUUGAUGUUAUUUAAAGUAAUAAAAGGAAAAUAUUAUGUAUAUAUAUAUGUAUAUAAUAUAUAUUAUAUUAUAUUAUAUAUAUUAUAUAUAUAUAUAUUAUAUAUGCAACACGUGGGUAACGAUAACUCCCUUACACGAUGUAUUAUCCUGUAAAACUUCUGCGCUAAUUAAAUGUUAAAUUAAAUUCGUUA